AUGACUACCGGUAGAAACAACACUAACGACGAUGAAGAAGCACACGAGAAGCUCGAGAAGAAGGACCUCUAUGGUCUUGGAAAGGACAUCCAAAGUGUGAAGGAGUUUCGUUCACGACUUUCGUUUGUCAAGAUCGCUUUGGUAGUGUCUCUUUUAUGCAAUCUGGUACUGGUGGGCUUCCUCCUUUUUGAGGCCAAUGCUCCCGCAAGCUCUACUCCUGUACCCUCUCAAACAACAGGAGCCCAUUCAGCAAGACAGCUGCAACAAGGCACGAUGGAUAGUGGUAUUGAACCCGCACAGGUGACGGUCACGGUUGACGGCAUCACAUACAAGGGGGGAAAUAAUGGAGGUCAGCCAACUAUACGGAUCGAGAAGGGUUGCGGCGUGUAUGAACACAUUCUGCCAGAUAAGCAAGAAGCACGGGUAACCUGCUGCGGCGACGGAGAUUGUUUGUUGGGAUUCCUCACUCAACAGCAGUGGUUGCUUCAUUGGUUGCGGAAAUGA